AUAAUGGUUUAUGGACCUUUGGCAACAGAUGUUGCACUAUUCUUGGUACAAUGCAUGUUGAUAUUGGCAUUAUCUAGGAUGACAUCUUGGUUAUUUUCCAAGAUCAAACAACCUCCAGUGAUUGCAGAGAUUAUAUCAGGUAUAAUACUGGGGCCUACCUUAUUAGGUAAGGUGCCUCACUUCAGUUCAACACUAUUCCCAGCCAAAUCAGUGACCUAUUUGAACAUGUUUGCACAAAUUGGUCUAUUAUUCUUUAUGUUCAUUAUUGGACUUGAAUUGGACCCUUCACUAUUCAGAUCACAUGUUAAAGAAUCUGCAAUGAUCAGUUGUGCAAGCAUUAUUAUACCAUUUGGACUCGGUCUUGCAUCAUCUGUAUAUCUGGCACAUAUUCAACAAGCAGCAUGGACCUAUUCCCUUGGUAUCUUUGUGGGAGUAGCACUCAGUAUCACAGCUUUUCCAGUACUUGCUCGUAUUCUAACCGCCAAAAAAAUGUUAUCCACACCUGUAUCAAAGGUUGGAAUAUUGGCAAUCUCAUGUGCAGCGAUCAAUGAUAUAUGUGGAUGGAUAUUGCUUGGCUUGUCAGUUAGCUUGGUGGGAGGUGGUGACUCGUUGGCCACUUUAUGGACAUUGUUGGGUUCAGCUGGAUUCGUCGUGGUCAUGCUGUUCUUGGUCCGGCCUCUCUUAUCAAGGACACUUAGACACUUUUGGAGAGUACCAUCAUCUAGUAGUGAUCAAUCUACACACUUGUUGAUGAGUUGUAUAGUAUUCCUACUAUUCUUGGCAUCAUGGACCACUGAGAUCAUUGGUAUUCAUGCAAUGUUUGGGGCAUUCACACUUGGUGCUAUCAUACCAAAGGAAGGCGGAUUCAAUCAAUCAAUCACAGAGAAGAUUGAAGACCUCAUCCUUGUUUUCUUGCUGCCACUCUACUUUGUGAUCUCGGGACUCAAGACCGACUUGUCAACGCUCAACACUGGCGAGGCAUGGCUUGGAGUGCUGCUGAUCGUCAGCUGCGCGACCUUUGGUAAGGUCGUGGGAUCGGGUGUGGUGGCCUUCCUCUUGGGUCGAAGCAAGCGCGACUCACUCUCCGUUGGCAUACUGAUGAACACUCGUGGUCUUGUCGAACUGAUCGUACUCAAUCUUGGACUGGACUUUGGUAUCAUCAAUGCUGAGGUGUUUGGUAUCCUCGUGCUGAUGGCCAUCAUCACAACACUGAUGACAAGUCCCCUUAUCUCUACAGUAUCCAACCGAUUCAAGGCCAACAAUCCAGAUGACUUUACUGUAGUUCUCUGCACAUCACAGCUCAACAUUGGUCAAGCGAUGGUCGACCUUGGAUUUGUGAUUAGUGAUCGCACCACGGCCACAGCCAUCCGUCGCAAGAUGUUGAAGAAGCUGUAUCUACUCCCCAUCUCUGAGGUCAGCGAGCGUCCUUCAGACUUUAUGAAUGCCAUUCGCAAGGAUGCCAAGUCGUCGCUCAACAGUCUCGUGGAGUACAGUCGCAAUCAAAUGAAACUAAAGUUGUCGAUCCAUGGAAUUGUCGCGGACUCUGAUAGCCUGGCAUCAGAGAUAACAUCAUUCUCUUCGACCAAGAAUGCAAGAUUGAUUGUACUUGGUAGCCGUCCAUGUUUGGAGGUUGAUCAACUUCAACUCAAUGACCUUCAAGAUCAGUUACUAAAUCAUUCAAUGUGUCCAGUUGGUAUAUUUACUGAUCGUUCGUCACACCGUCUUCCAGGCCCACAGAGAUUCAAAAGGAUCUUGCUUGGAUACAUGGGUGGAUCACAUCCAUUGGACAGAUACACUUUGGAUAUCAUAAAUAAGAUGGCAGACACUGAUAAUGUACUCAUUACAAUCAUUGUGUUUGAUAAUGAUCUGUUCUGGAUUAGCAAGGUUGGUGAUAAGACUGCUGAUGGGGGUGGAUGUGGAGGAUUGUCCCCUGAAGUGAUCUGUACACCUUCAGUAUCAUUCGCCAAUAAUGGUACACCUGUUGGUAUCGACUCGUCCAUUGGACUAUCAGGUUCAUCAAUCAAGUCAUCUACAGAUGUGAUCGCCAACACACUUGAGACCAAGGACCAGUAUGGCAGUCACUUGGAAUCAGUUAUCAAUGGCAAGAAUAAGAAUAAGAUCACAGUGUUGUACAAACCAUGGAAGAACAGACAUAGAGAGUUGAUCAACAUAUCAAUACAUUAUGAUCUACUUGUGGUACCUUCUGAUGACAAUGUUAUUGUUGAGUCGUCAACACCAGGUGUCAUUCAAUUGACACCUUUGGACAACAUCAAGAGGUCAAUUUCAAUGGUACACUUAUCAGGUAAUAAUCGAUAUGAAGAGAUUGGAGUGGAUGUUGCCGAGGGUGGCCAGUCAACAUGCAACACUUUGGAGAAUUCCCAAGCAUCACAUACCCAGCAACCAAUCAUGAACAGGCAGUUCUUGGAGGGUAGCACAGGGAUCAAUUAUAAUCAAUCAUCAAAUGACAAUGGAUCAGACAUUGAUAUGAUGAUGUCAACUCGAGAUGUGGAUGUGGAAGUGGAAGUUGGUGGUCAUUCUCCAUCAUCAUCAUGUUGGUCCAAAUGUCCAAUAUCAACACUUGUCAUUCAUUGUCCACAACACAUACUAAACAACAACAAAGUAUCUUGUCAAGACAGUCAUAUUGAUAUAAUC